CAUUUGGUCUUUGGACUGAAGCGGUAAAGCCUCGGAGAGGGAGACAUCGGCCCGAUCUGCCGACUGAGGCCAAGGGCGAUCCUCCUCCUCCUCCUCUUCGAUCCUCGGAAGAGCCAACGCAUUCCCAGAUCUGAGGCGUUUCGGAGGCGAUUCCGGUCAGAAAGGAGGGUUUCUUUUGUGACGGAUCCCUCUCUGACGCGUCGGAUUUGGGGUGAUUCUUUAGGGGCGAUUGCUUUUGGGCUGACUUGGUGGAAUUUGGGUUGGAGCCGACGGGAAGAUUGUGCUGGUGAGGAACAGUGGCAAGAUUGUCUUGCGCACGAAGGGGAACUGGGAUUCUGAUCUCGCGUCUUGAUUCGAUCUGAUUCGGGGAAAGAGAUCGACCUUGCUGGAUUUCCUUGGAAGAGUACAAGGAAAAGGUUGGGUCUUUCAAUUUGGGAGAGCAGAUUGGAACAGGAUAGAUGCUGAAAACACAAACGUGGGCUUAUAUGAGAUGAGGGAUGUUUGCAAAGUUGAUGAACAUAUUGAAGGCCUGCUGGCAGCCAUCAUCCAAUAGUUAUGCCCACACAAGCUCUGAUUUGGUUGGUCGACAGGAUGGGCUUCUUUGGUACAAGGACUGCGGGCAGCAUGUUUACGGCGAGUUCUCCAUGGCUGUGGUACAAGCUAACAAUUUGCUUGAGGAUCAGAGCCAGAUUGAGUCAGGGCCUCUGAGCUCGCUUGAAUUUGGCCCAUAUGGUACUUUUGUCGGUGUUUACGAUGGGCACGGUGGUCCUGAAACUUCCCGUUAUGUCAAUGAGCAUCUCUUCCAGCAUCUGAAAAGAUUUGCAUCAGAGCAGCAAUCCAUGUCAGCUGAUGUAAUACGAAAAGCAUACCAAGCAACGGAGGAGGGGUUUAUCUCCCUGGUGACAAAACAGUGGCCUGUAAAACCUCAGAUUGCAUCUGUUGGUUCAUGUUGUCUAGUUGGUGUAAUCUGUGGUGACAUGCUGUAUAUAGCUAAUCUUGGGGACUCCCGUGUUGUUUUAGGGAGAUUAGUCAAAGCAACUAGAGAAGUUUUGGCUGUUCAACUGUCAGCAGAGCACAAUGUAGGAAUUGAAUCUGUGAGGAAAGAAUUACAGUCAAUUCACCCUGAUGAUAGACAAAUUGUUCUGUUAAAGCACAAUGUUUGGCGUGUGAAGGGCCUAAUCCAGGUCUGUAGGUCAAUUGGUGAUGUAUACCUUAAAAAGGCAGAAUUUAACCGUGAACCAUUACAUGUGAAGUUCAGACUCCGUGAACCUUUCAAGAAACCUAUCCUGAGUUCAGAACCAUCAAUCACUGUUCAUUCACUUCAACCUCAAGAUCAAUUCCUUAUAUUUGCAUCUGAUGGGCUUUGGGAGCAUCUAAGUAAUCAAGAAGCUGUUGAUAUUGUUCAAAACAACCCUCGCAGUGGGAGUGCUCGAAGGCUUGUGAAAAUUGCACUUCAGGAAGCAGCUAAAAAACGAGAGAUGAGGUAUUCUGAUCUCACGAAGAUCGGACGUGGAGUGCGUCGGCAUUUCCACGACGAUAUAACGGUUAUCGUUGUAUUCCUCGACAACAAUCUUAUUAGCAGGGCCAGCUCGCUCAGGGGCCCCACUCUGUCAGUGAGAGGGGGUGGGAUCAAUGCGCCAUCCAACUCCCUCACUCCCUACACAACACCAUGAGAUCUCUGAGCUUCUCGGUAGAGCCAUCUCAGUGUAUUAAUCUAUAUGGUGUACUAAAUCAAACCAGACCAACAUCCAUGAUCUUGCCCUCACUUACAUAGCCAGAGAAGAGCUUCACAGCACCAGCAAUACAUCUGUACUUUUCAUCUUUACACUGUAGCAUUCCUUUAUGCAGAGACUGGUAAACUUUGUAUUAUGUUUAUGAAUUUGGGAGGGUGUAAUGUUUCAGGCAUUGAAGUGGAGCUGACACUACACACUAGGAUUUUCCCUCUCUUUCA